GGGGGAUGUCCGAACAUCUGUGGCUAAGAAGACUUGGUUCCUAUUUUAGGAAAACUGAAAGUUACAUAUUUGAAUGCGUAUCACAAGGAAACAGCCUAUUUCUUUGGAAUCUUUGACAUGGAAGCCUCCAGUGUCUCGUCUUCUUGCACCCCCAAAAGCUACUUCCACAAUCAAAACCAGUUUCUGGGUUUCAUUUUCCUGCAUUUCUUUUGGGUCCAAGGAUCAUUUUCUCUUCGAUUCUUGGACCACGUCACUUUUGCCUAUGCAGCAAUUUCAUGAGACCUUUAACGCGAAUGAUUCUGCCUGUAGCCUUAUAUUCAAUUUGAUUUGAUAAAAUGGGGUUAAGCUUCUCAAAAACGGAGCCGCAUAAGACGGGACUCAGGGGGUUUCUCCUGGUACAGCACCGAAUGAUCAAUCUUAUUUCGACAAGUUUUUAUAUACGUAAGCUCGUAUCGAAGAAAAGGAGGAGAAUGAUAGUUGGGGGUUAUGAUUUGGAUAUGACAUACAUUACAGAUAGAAUACUGGCAAUGUCGUUUCCUGCAGAACGCAUGCGAUCUGUGUAUCGAAACCCUUUGUGGCAGGUGAAGUCUGUAUUGGAUAUGCGGCAUCCGGGCCAAUAUAAGGUAUAUAACUUAUGCACGGAAGAAGCUUAUGAUCCCGCACAUUUUCAUGGUCGUCUGGUUAGAUGUCCGUUUGAUGACAACCAUGUCCCACCUCUCUCGAUGAUCAAAGAACUCUGUGAAGAUGUGUAUUCAUGGCUAUCACAAGAUCCUAAAAAUGUCGCAGUUAUCCAUUGCAUGGCAGGAAAGGGUCGAACAGGCUUGAUGGUGUCUGCCUACUUAGUUUACAUGGGCAUGUCAGCUGAGAAGGCUAUGCAGUUGUAUGCAGAGAAGCGAACCACGAACAAUGAAGGGGUCUCCAUACCAAGCCAACGCCGUUAUGUUGGCUACUGGGAAAAACUACUUUCAUUUCCUGAAGGACUUAAAAAUCCUCCUGAGGUGAAAUUGCCUAAGCCAGUCAGCAGAGACCUACUCAGAAUAAGACUCUAUGACACAAAAAAUGUUUAUUCUGUCUGCGCUGUGGUCUCUGAAUUGCAAAAGAAUCCAGACCAGCAGUUUCAUCAGUACACAGAAGUGUCCAAGGUUUGGUGCCGCGAGAUUAAAAAAGGUUACCAGCAAACAGAUAGUACACGAUACUACUACUCCUUUGUUGAAAAUGAUGAUGACGAUGAUGAAAUAAAAGAAGGCGAGCCGGAAGCUCAUUUGGUAGCGCAAAUGGAUACAGAAAGUUCUACACUUUACAACAAAACCUGCCUGGACUACUAUUAUGAUCAACCAGUGAAGGUCACUGGAGAUACACGCAUUAUAAUCUACGAAAAGCUAAUUGGCGGGCGACUCUUCUACGCCUGCUUCAAUACAGCCUUUAUCACGGGCAGUGUAUUACAGUUUUCUGCAUCGGAUUUGGACAAACUUGGGAUGAAAGGAAGAUCAAUUUGCGGUCCGGCAUUCUGCCUGGAGCUGUUAUUUGGCCCUGUAAAUGUUAACAACAGCAGCUUCACCCCUCAGCCAAAUGAUGAUGGGGGAAUUGAUAGCCUCUCUGAUUAAUAAAUUGUGGAUUUUUUUUUUUAUUUUUUUCCCCCACAUGGUUCUCAUGAGUUGCAUUUUUUUACAUUUUCUUUUUUCCUUGGGAGUUUUAUAGUUAGUGUGUUUGUAUGUGUGGUUCUGUUUGUUUUUUCAUAAACAGAAACCACAUGUGAAAGUUUUGUAAAUGAUUAAAAGCUCAUCAGGAGCAUUAUUCAUAGUUGUUUUCUGCAGCCAUCUUGAAUGUAAAUGAAAGGGUUAAAUGAUGAUGUUUUGCAUGUACAUGAAAACAUACAAGUAUAUAUGUUACUCCACCAAAAUAAGAGUUGUUACAAUUUUUUUAACCAAAAAAGUACGAUAAAUAUAUCUUGCAAUUUAAAGAG